AUGGCUUGGUUUGAAGACUUUAGUCAAGCGAACAAGGUCUUCAAGUCAGACAUACCGAAACAGAGAAUCAGUUGGAAAGCUGCUACUCAAGUAAAAUGGAAGCUUAACGUUGAUGGCAGCUUUCUUCCCAAUAUAACUCAUGGAGGUGUUGCUGGUAUAUUGAGAGAUGAUUCAGGAACUUUCAGAGCUGCAUCUGCAACUCCAAUUCACCAUGUUGCCUCUGCAAAACAAGUGGAGCUCUGUGCAAUCAAGGAAGGGCUAAAAUUUUUGCAACAAUUGCAGCAGCUCUCUCUCGUCCUCCUCGCCGACCCCGCCCCCGCCCGAAAGCCCAAGAAACGACGCCGUACAGGUAAUUCUGAUCCCAAUUACAGGGGGGAGGAUGAGCAUGGUAGUAGUAAUUCUAGUCCAGAAAGGGAGCAGGGGAUUGAUUUGAACGCGGGGUUUAAUUUUAGCUUAAAUGAUGCUGCUGACCUGAAUGUUGGUGAGGAGAGAGAUUGUAUUGAUUUGAAUUUGGAUGCCAGCGGUUGUGAUUCUGUUGACAAUUUCGAUGGGCCUAGUUUGGGCCAAGGGACCAAGCGGAGGGGUUGCGAUUUCGAUUUGAAUUUGGAGGUUGCUGAGGAGGGGGACAGUGAAGACAAGUUUAAAAUUAGUCCCAAGUUUGAGAGGAUUGAAGAGAGGUCGAAGAGCGGAGAUGCCGAAGGAAAUGUUGCUGAGGAUGGGAAUGUUAAUGAGACCCGGAAGCAAGUGUGUAUUGAUAUUAAUCAAGAAGUAGUUCCCUUGAAUGGCAUUGAGUGUGCUGCUGUUGGGGAAGGACUCGGUAAUGAGAACCGGUGGUCCAGUGGAGAUAUGAAGGUCGAAUCUUCUCUUGGGGAUUUGAAUACUACAAGUGCUGUUAAGGAUAACGGUAUGGUGGAAGAUGUUCCUUCUGAAGCUGCUUCUCCAGUGACUCAUGGGCGCCUAGGCGAUUCAGCAAGUCCAAGCAUUCAAAAAAGUAGCCGAAGGAAGAGAAGAAAGCUACCGGAUAAUUUGAUAUCUAAUACUACAGAGACAGUUUUGAGGAGAAGUUCUCGCAGAGGAUCUGCUCGGAAUCAUGUUUCCGUUGCAUCAUCUGCUGUUAGUAAUCCUGUGUCCUCUUCUGCAGCUACUGCAGCAACAGAGGACGUACCAGUGAUUUCUGGCAGUGAAGAAGCCGAUAAGCCUAGUGUUGCCCCUCAGAAGCUCGAAUUACCUCCUUCGUCACAACAUUUGAAUUUAGAGGGCAUUCCCGUACUUGACCUUUUUUCUAUUUAUGCCUGUUUGAGAUCAUUUAGUACAAUAUUGUUUCUGAGUCCCUUCAAGUUGGAGGAUUUUGUGAGAGCACUGCAAUGCAACUCUCCUAGUUUGUUAUUUGAUUCGGUUCAUGUUUCUAUUUUGCAAACGCUAAGAAAGCAUUUGGAGUCCCUUUCAAAUGAAGGUUCCGAAUCUGCUUCUGAUUGUCUAAGGAGUCUUAAUUGGGAUUUCCUGGACUUAAUUACGUGGCCAGUUUUCAUGGUUGAGUACUUUCUGAUUCAUUGUUCAGGACUGAAACCUGGAUUUGACCUCGGUCACUUUAAGCUAUUAAAAAGUGACUACUACAGUCGGCCUGCUUCUCUAAAGGUUGAGAUUCUUCGCUGUCUAUGUGAUGAUUUGAUAGAAGGGGAAGCCAUAAAGUCGGAGAUUAAUAGAAGAUGUUCGACAUCUGAACAUGACAUGGGUUUUGAUCGUGAUGUAAACUCUGAUGUCUGCAAGAAAAGGAAGGCUUCUGCGCAAAUUGCUGGUAGCUCCAGUUUGAAUGAUGAAAAUGUUGAUGAAACCCCUGACUGGAAUAGUGAUGAAUGUUGCCUCUGUAAGAUGGAAGGGAACUUAAUAUGCUGUGAUGGCUGUCCAGCAGCUUACCAUUCAAGAUGUGUAGGAGUUGUCAAUGAUCUUUUGCCGGAGGGUGAUUGGUAUUGCCCUGAAUGUAUGAUUGAUAGGCACAAACCUUGGAUGAAACUCCGCAAGUCACUGCGAGGUGCAGAGCUAUUAGGAAUUGAUCCUCAUGGUCGGCUAUAUUUUAAAAGCUGCGGCUACCUGUUGGUAUCUGGUUUUUGUGAUGAUGAAUCUGCAUUUAAUUACUAUCACAGAGAUGAUCUAAACAAGAUUAUUGAAGUGCUAAGGUCUUCAGAAUUUUCCUAUGGUGGGAUAUUAUUGGGAAUCUAUAAGCACUGGGACAUUCCUACUACCUUUAAUGGAGCAAUUAGUAGCAAGCCCCUGGACCAAUUGGAAUUUUCAGAAACAGGUGAUGCUAAAAAUGAGACGCAUGAGGAUAGAAAACUGCAAGAGAAGUUUUGUAAUCUCGUUUCUGAUGUUUCAAAUUCUGUUCAAGUGCUGAGAAGGACUGUCAUUCAGGAUGAUUCAAAUAAUCUUGCUGAUAUUUCAAAUCAAUCAGAUUUGGUCGGAAAACUUCAUCCUGAAGACUGUUCUUUGACAUCUACUUGCUUAGAGGUCAGACAAGAGAGCAACGGUUCUAUUGAUCUUGGAAAAAUUUCAUCUGCUAUAACCACUAGAAAAGAGGGCACUUCAGAAGUGGAUUGUGGAAUUGAUUACAUGAACUACUACAGUUUUGGCCAAAUUGCUUCAUCUGUUGCAGAGGAGUUGUCUAAAUCAUCAGAAAAGAAUAAGGAAGGUGCACUAAAUACAGUAGAUGAAAUAAUAUCUGCGCAGAUGAAGACCAUUAUAAAAAAAUCUUCCAAGUUUUCCUGGCCAAAUAUUGAGAACUUAAAUAUAGAUGUGCAGAAAGAGAAAUGUGGGUGGUGCUUUUCUUGCAAAUAUCCUGCUGAUGAUAGGGAUUGCUUGCUUAUCAUGAGUAAGCUGCCUUUACCGGAUGUUUCCAAGACUGAUGUAGUUGGACUUCAAUUGAAAAAAAUUCCCAAAGAUCAUCUUAAUGAUGUCAGCUGUCAAAUUUUGUCCAUUCAUGAUCGCCUGCUUGGGCUUUUGUUGGGUCCGUGGUUGAACCCCCAUCAUACAGAAUGCUGGCGGAAUAGUCUUCUUAAUGCACGCGAUCUUGCCUCUGUUAAGCAUUUACUGCUCCUUCUAGUGGAAAAUUUGCAUCAUCGUGCAUUGUCCGCAGAUUGGUUGAAACAUGUGGACUCUGUUGUUACCAUGGGUUCAGCUUCUCAUGUUGUGACUUCAUUACGUGCAUACUCAAAGAACAUGAAUAGCAGAAAGAGGCCCAAGUUUUCUGAUAUUGAUUCAAAUCCAUCUUCAAAUGCCGGCAGUGGAUUGGGAAUGUUUUGGUGGAGGGGUGGCAGGCUUUCUCGUCAGGUGUUUGGUUGGAAGAUUUUGCCUCACUCCUUGACUUCUAAGGCUGCCAGACAAGGUGGGUGCACAAAAAUAAUGGGUAUAUUGUAUCCUGAGAAUUCAGAAUAUGCAAAGAGAAGCAAAUAUAUUGCCUGGCGAGCUACUGUUGAGAUGUCAACUAGUGCAGAACAGCUUGCUUUGCAGGUUAGGGAGCUUUAUUCAAACAUUAGGUGGGAUGAUAUUGAGAACACACACCCGCUGCCUACAUUGGACAAGGAAUCUACAAAAUCAAUCAAGCUUUUCAGGAAAGUUAUUGUCCGCAGGAAGUGCUCAGAAAAGGGAGUGGUUAAGUAUCUUCUUGAUUUUGGCAAGAGAAGAGCAAUCCCCGACAUUGUCAGGAAACAUGGUUCUGUGCUUGAAGAACCAUCUAAUGAGAGGAAAAAGUAUUGGCUUGAAGAAUCAUAUCUUCCUCUGCAUCUUUUGAAAAAUUUUGAGGAGAGAAGAAUUGCCCGCAAGUCUAGUGAUGGGAAGUCUGGUAAAGUUCUUGCAGUUGGUAGAGUAAUGCGGCCCCCGGAUGAAAAGGGAUUUGCUUAUUUGUUUUCCAAAGCAGAAAGAUCAGAGUAUUAUAAGUGUGGACACUGCCACAAAGAUGUCCUGAUAAGGGAAGCUGUGAGUUGUCAAUUGUGCAGAGGAUUUUUCCACAAAAGGCAUGCGAAGAAGUCUGCUGGGGCCAUUGUUUCCGAGUGUACGUAUACAUGCCACCGAUGCCAGAAUGGGGUCUCUGUGAAGAUUGAUACAAAAAGAGGGAAAGCUGAUAAAAAGAGAGGAAAAGUUGGUAUGAAAAGAGGGAAAGUUGAAACAAAAAUAGAGAAAGUACAGUCACAGAAAUGUAAAAAUUCUCAAACUGAUCGUAGAUCACUGCGUUUGAGAAGCAAAAGAAAAGCUUUAGCUGGAGGAAGACAGGUACAAUUGAAAAAUAGCAAAAAGGUUCCUGUAAGUGUACCUUUACGCCGCUCUCCAAGGAAAGCUAAAUGCUUGACGUUGCAAAAUAAAAAGCAUAGCAAACGCAAGAAAGGGAAACAAAGCAAAUCCAAGAAGCGGACGUAUAAGAAACCAAAGACAGGGACCUUGUGUCAGAAGAAGAGAACACAAGUUUAUCGCAGUUACUGGCUAAAUGGUCUGCAGUUGUCUAGAAAGCCAAAUGAUAAACGUGUUACGCUUUUUAGGGAGAAAAAACUACUUGCUCACUCUGGCUGUUCUUCAAUCGUUCUCGGUCAACUCAAAUGCCAGCUCUGUUGUGAAGCAGAAUAUGCAUCUACUUUAGAUUAUAUCGGGUGUGAACUAUGUGGAGAGUGGUUUCAUGGAGAGGCUUUUGGGCUGGAUUCAGAGAACAUUGAUAAGCUCAUUGGAUUCAGGUGCCAUGUGUGUCGUAAAACAGAACCUCCUGUCUGCCCCCAUCUGGUAGUUGUGAAAACUGAUGUGUCCCAAUUGGCUGAAGCUCAUACUGAUGGUUCUGUUGAUUGUUCAGAGGAAGUACCUAAUGCAGUCCCGACUUUGAGUGAGAUUACAUGCAAAUGAGUUAAUUUGGCAUUGCAAGAUGGGUUCUUCAUUGGGUAUGUGAUCCGAUUCAUGUGAUCGUAGAUGGAGGGAUUCUUAUUGGUGGGGGCACUUGCAUAAUUUUGAAAGGAUUGGGUUUCACAUUUCUUCCAAUCAAGAUUUUCGACAAGGAGAGAGCGUUUUGAUUAGGAGAAGUGGAAGGUCAGAAGGUACAUCCAUGCAAUGAAGAAAUUUGUGGCGAUGAGGCCAUAUAUCAAGAACCAUCAUUAUGAGCAUAUGAAUCGACAGAACAGGCCAAAUUGGUUAAAUUGGAAACUCUUCAGAUUGGGUUCCCGGGAGGGACUUUUUAUAGAGUUGCCUGACAACAUUUGAUUCGGUUGUAGAAGAUCCAGUUUUUUUUUUUUUUUCAUCCUGGUUUGAUCGAUAUUAGUUCAUUUAGCUGUUGUUAAUAUUAUUAUAAUUCUUGCAAUUAAAUCUGAGUAGGGUAGAGAUGGCAAAUAGUUCUGUUUUAGGAGAUGGGUAGGCAUUUUAGACGAUAUACAAUUUUUUCUCUCAGUCAAAGUAGAUGGACGAUAGUAGCAGUUAGAUAUUAGGUUGCCAUGGUGUUUCGUUUUAGGAUGGGGUAGACAAUAGACUUGUUAGAUGAUUUGCAUUUUUUUCUUUAAGUCGUAGUAGACAAUGCCAUCACUGAACUUGGCCAUGGUGUUCCUAAUGUUGCCAUCUAAUUGGCUCCCCCUUUCUGUGUCCCAAGCGUUCCAUUUGGAUCAGCUGGGGGGGGGUUGUUGUUGUGGUUUUGCGUUGUAGACUUUCUUUUCAUUAAAAAAAAAAAAAGUAAAUGGACAAUAGUAGUAGUUAGAUCUUAGAUUCUUAAAUGGAGUCGCAAGGCUUCUCAAGUCUGUUAAGAUUUGUAUUGAUUUUAGUGGUAUGUUCUAGGAUCUGGGAAUUCAGCUCCGACUUAUUUUACUGACAGAAGGUUGCAUACAUUGGUGAUC